CGAGUUUAAAAAAACUGGGAUAAUAAAUAUAAAAUAAUUUUUAUCUGAUAAGUUUAUAAAUUCAUUGUUUACAAUAUUUAAUUUAUUAAUUCAUAUUCUAAAUAGUAAUUAAAAUAUGAUUUUCUGCCAAACUUAUCUAGUAUAUAUUAUCAUUACUAGUUUUUAUGUAGGUGUACGUUUAUGAACCUAAGUCAUUAAGUUUAAGAACAGGACAAAGACAGUAAGUUAUUAAUAUUACAUUGUUGUAUGUAAAUUUGUUUCAACUGUUGGAAUAAAUCUAGUUAAGUGCCUCCUCACAAUUUUUUUUUUACUGAAACCAUUAUUAAAAAUUUUCUGGUAUUAAAAAUUCAAAACAAAUGAUAAUCAAAACUUUGGAAAAUACAGGGUUUUAAAUCUUAAAGAUAAUGGUGCAAUCAAAAAUUUUCCGAAACUAAUUUUAGAAGUGAAGCGAUUUAAAAAACUAUAAUUUACGGAACAGUCAAUUGUGAGUGUAAAAGACAGUUUUUUUACGUCUGCCGGCUUCGCUUGCCUACUCAAUUACCAGUAACAAGUUAAUAAUGAUUGUGAAGUCAGAAUUUGUGAGACGAACUUAGUUUGUAGUUAUCACACCAUUAAAUUGCUUCACGAGCUAAUGUUGAACUUGUAAAACUACAAAUUUUAAAUCAAUAAUAUACCUAUCCUAGCCAACCUAGUAGUACUGCAAUACGAAUUGGUAUGUUUAAUGUAAACCUAAACCUUGCUAUGUAAGACCAGGUUUGCUGUACUUAAUUUCAUAUUAUCUAAAAUACUAAUAACUCAAAAACGAAAUGUAACUACCCAAUUAUUAUUACAUGUUAUUUUUGUCUAGUUUCAAAUAGAAAACAGAAAAUACUUUGGUUUUCUCUAUUGUAUUCAGUAGCUUUCCAAGGAAUUUUCGAUAAGAGGGGAUGUAGCAAAUAAGAAUCAUAAAUAAGUCAUACAAUUAUCUUCUUUAUCCAAGUUGGCUAUGGAAAUAAAUUUGAUAAUUUAAGUCUGAUUCUAAACAAACUCAAUUUCUAAUCAAGUAAUCAGUUUUUCUUUUUAACUUGGUUGAAAUAUAUUAAUUUUGAGAUUUAAUUACUAAAUAAAUAUUUAUUUUAAUUUUUUUUUGUAUUUUGAAGCCAAUUGACAUUGUAUGACCCAUUACUCACUCCCCUCUUUAGUUGUGUCACUGAUCGUAUUGUAUCAUUAUAACCAACUUCAAAGUCCUUUAAUUUAAAAGUAACACAUACAUUUUAAUUAUGAUUUAUUGUUUGCUGAAUAUUUAUUAUUACUAUUAUUCAGUUUCAGUAUCAAAAAACAUAUUCAAUAAAAAAAUGUUAAAAAUCAUGAGGAAGUACAACUAGAUUUAUACUCAAAUUUUCUAUCAAUAUUAAUAUAUUUUGUAAAACUGUAUAAAUAUAUAUAUAACCUAAUCUAUAACAGCAUUGUGUACAUUUUCAGAAAAUGGCUACAGACAAAGUGACACUGACAGAUGCUUUGUCUAAUGUUGAUGUUCUUGAUGAACUUACACUGCCUGAUGAACAGCCUUGUAUAGAAGCACAACCAUGUUCAAUUCUUUAUCAGGCCGAUUUUGAUACAAAUUUUGAAGACCGUAAUGGAUUUGUAACAGGAAUAGCAAAAUAUAUUGAGGAAGCCACUGUGCACGCUAGUCUUGUAAGUUUGUAAUUGUAAAUAUACAUAAUUGUAACAAUAAAUCAUUACAUUUUAAAUUAUUUUUUAUUUUUUUUUGUUUAGAAUGAAUUAUUAGAAGAAGGUCAAGUGCAUGCAGUUAUGCUUUAUACAUGGCGUUGUUGUUCAAGAGCAAUCCCACAGCCAAAAUCCAAUGAACAACCAAAUCGAGUAGAAAUUUAUGAAAAAACAGUAGAGGUUUUAGGACCAGAAGUUAACAAGUUGCUUCAGUUUAUGUAUUUUCAGGUACCUAAAUAUCAUUUGUACAUUUUACAUAAGUUUCUCAUAUUGAAUAUUUGUCUUAUAUUUCCCUUAAACAAUAUAGAUAUAAUUAGCAAAAUAAUACAUGUAAAUAUAUAAUAUGCAUAAUUUUAUUUUACUCUUACUUUUUUAGGAUUGUAUAAUUUUGGGGACAAUAUAAAUUGGAAAAUUCAAAUCAGUUUCAUAUCAUUUUAGAUUUCGAACGUAGUGAGGGAGCUAUUGGUUUUACAAUUCUGUUUAUUUCUUUUUUUUAGAUUCCAAGUUUAGCGAGAGAGCUAUUGGUUUUACUAAGAUGUUUUUUAUUUUCUAGUCUUUGAACAUCUUUUUUCCUAGUAAACUUUCUCCUAUUUUUACGUGUAACAACUUUCUGAAAACUCAAGUUGUCUAGAUGGUAGUUUAAAGUGGUCGUUUUUUUGAUUUUCGAUGUUUUUUUUGAAAUGAAAGCACUUAAGUGGGAAAAAACAGGAAAACGUACAAUUUCACGAUUUCAUUAUUUUAUAAUAACAAGGACAACGUUUUCUACCAGAAAAAAACAGUUUAAUCGAAAAAUCACAAAACACCUUUUUUUUUGUUACUUCUUUGAUUUACUUUCUUCCAGUAUGAUCUCCAAAACUUUUGAGCUUUUAAGGAAUUUUAAUUUAUGGGAGUUUUUUGCUGUAAUAUGGUUAUUAAUACAUUUAGAGACUGGAAACUUGGUUAUAAUACUCGUAUUGGACUUAACUAGAUGUGGUAAAUUUUCUAAAAUUACUGGAUGACUUUUUUUUUUUUAAUAAUCAUUUUUAAAAUCAAAUUUAAACGAAAAAUCUCAAAAUAAUGACAGCACAUCAAAUUAUGUAUUACCAAACUGUGCUCAGAAUCGUUUUUCGUCAACAAUGGUUUAUCAUUGCGUACAGAUAUAAAUAAAAUUACCUCAUUUAUUAUACCUUUCUAACUUCCCACCUACAACAGUGGCUACAACUAUCCCCAGUAUCAGUUCUUUUCUUUAAAUUUGAUGAGAAAAUUUAGUUCUUCCUAACUUUGUAUUUAAAUGGUUCUUUUGAAAAGAUUUUUGAAAGAAAAAUUGGUAGAUAUUAGAGUUUUAGUACAUCUACAUCAAUCUACUUUCUUUUCAUUAUGAAAAAUAAUAUUUAUUGUCAAUUUUAUUGUUAUUAUUAUUUUUUAUUAUCUUUUAAGAACACAGCCAGUUUAACAAUUAUAAUUAGAUGUCGGAAUUAUAUUCUCUUAAAAUCAUUAAAAUAUGAUGUUUUUUUAUCAUUUAAAAUAGGUAAUAUAUUCUCUUAAAUCUUGAAUUCUAUGUGUUAUAAAUUGUGAAGAUAUUUUACUCCCAUUUAACUGCAUAUGCUAGAAACAAAUAUGUAAAAUCAUAAAAAUCUGAUUACUAAUUAUAAUACAUUAUUUAUAAUAUGAAAUAAAUUCUAAGAAAUUUAUUUGAUUUUCCUAAUUUUUAUUAUUUCUGUAAAAAAUUUCCUUAUUUUAUAUUGUUCAUAAAAUUUAUACUCUUAAAAAAAAUAUUUCCUGGUUAUUUACAUUAUUGUAAAAUAAUCGUUCCUAUAAUUUUCUAUUCCUAAUCAAAUUUUUUCCUAAUAGUUUUUUUACCAGAUUUUACACACUAAAGGAAUUGAAAUUAUUUAUUUUGGUUAAAAAUGUUGCCUAUACCUUCAAUAAAUAGUUUCACUUCUGUUUACCACCAAAAUUCUCUCAUAUCUCAGUUAUAUACUUUUCACUAUGCCUUGUGAUCCUGUCAGGUGUAUGAAGCAUAACUGGUGUAGAGAUCUGAUGGCUGAUUAAUCAGAGCUCUUGUUUCAUUGAUGGAUAGUGCUUCCAAUGAUAUCUCCUGUAAAAGAUUGUACAUAAGUGGUGACUUAUGCAUUGUCUUUAUGCUUAUUAUGCUUGUAGUAAAAAAAUAAUUUAUUACAGAUAAAACAAAAAAAAUUAUUAAACGAAAAAAAAAAAAAUUUUAUUAUUAAAAAUAUAGUAAUAUUUGUUGGAAAUAGGUAAAGAGAUAUUAUUUAUUCCCUAUCAUUACUCAUUAGUUAAAUUUAUAUUAUUUUGAGUUAAUUAACCAAAAGAAAAUGGUUAAACAUGAUUGAUAUGAGGAUUGCUGGGGUGUUACUAGAUGUCUAGACUGAGUCAAGUAGAGAGCUAAGACCAAGGUGGUAAACUCAAAAGAAAUGGGAGGAUAGGCGAAGGAAAAGAAGAACUUUCUGCAAAUUAAGUAGAAAUUAAAAUGUUUAUAAAUAAGUAUACAAUAUUUCCAUACAUUACUUGUUUAGUAUUAAGGUUUCUCUAGGAUAUGAUGCUGCAUAAUUUAGGAAUUAUUAUUUUACAUUAAUUGUAUUAUUAUUAUUUUUAUAAAAAUUUGUAGUUAGUAAUUUUGUCGUUUAAUAGAGAAAAGCAAUUGAACGAUUUUGUGGAGAAGUUAAACGUUUGUGUCAUGCAGAAAAAAGAAAAGACUUUGUCUCUGAAGCAUACCUAUUAACUCUUGGAAAAUUUAUUAAUAUGUUUGCUGUUCUUGAUGAACUCAAAAAUAUGAAAUCCAGUGUAAAAAAUGAUUAUUCAAGUUAUCGUCGAGCUGCUCAGUUUUUAAAAGUUAUGGCUGAUUCACAUACAUUGCAAGAAUCUCAAAAUUUAUCAAUGUUUUUAGCUACACAAAAUAAAAUUAGAGAUACAGUUAAAGAAAAUUUAGAAAAAAUCCCUGCGUACGAAGAACUUUUAUCUGAUGUUGUAAAUUUGUGUGUACAAAUGUUUGAAUCCAAGAUGUACCUUACUCCCUCAGAAAAACAUAUGCUUGUUAAGGUAAAUGUAAAUAAAUUGUGUGUUAUUAAAUAGUAUUAUAAUGUUUUUUUUUUUAAUUUUAGGUUAUGGGAUUUGGAUUGUUUCUCAUGGAUAACGAACUAUGUAAUAUAAAUAAAUUAGAUCAGAAGAAAAAACUAAAUUUGGGAAAAAUUGACAGAAUUUUUAAGGUUUAAAACUAUUUUUUUUUUAAUCAUUAAUUAUUUGAUAUUAACUGUUUGUUUAAUAUUUUAGAAUCUAGAAGUUGUACCUUUAUUUGGAGACAUGCAGAUUGCACCAUUUAAUUAUAUUAAGCGAUCUAAGCAUUUUGAACCUGGACGCUGGCCUUUAUCUAGUUCUCCACAAAUAAGUCCUCAAGCAGAUCUUAUGGUGCAUUUGCCUCAAAUUAGAGAAGACCAUGUGAAAUAUAUUAGUGAACUAGCCCGUUACAGCAAUGAAGUAACAACUACUUACAAAGAAACAAGAACUGACACUGAAAACAAAGAUACAGCCGAAUUAGCUUUGAGGGGUUUGCAACUAUUAUCUGAAUGGACAAGCGUUGUGACAGAACUUUAUUCUUGGAAAUUACUACAUCCAACUGAUCACCACCAAAACAAAGAAUGUCCUGUUGAAGCUGAAGAGUAUGAACGAGCCACGCGUUACAAUUAUACUGAUGAAGAAAAAUUUGCACUUAUUGAAGUUAUAGCCAUGAUAAAAGGAUUACAAGUACUCAUGGCCCGAAUGGAAACAGUAUUUACUGAUACUAUUCGCCGUAAUAUAUAUGCAGAGUUACAAGAUUUUGUUCAAUUGACUUUGAGAGAACCUUUAAGAAAAGCUAUUAAGAACAAAAGAGAUCUAAUUAGAAGUAUACUCGUUUCAGUUCGAGAAACCUGUGCUGAUUGGCAAAGAGGUGUAGAACCAUCAGCUGAUCCUGCUUUAAAAGGAAAGAAAGAUCCAGAUGUUGGUUUUGGAAUUAAAGUACCACGAAGGAAUGUUGGUAAGAUAUAUCAAAUAUAAUUAUGAAAAUAAUAAAAUAAUUAUUGUUUUUUUUUUUUUUUAGGGCCAUCAUCUACUCAACUUUACAUGGUAAGAACAAUGUUGGAAUCAUUAAUUGCUGAUAAAUCUGGUGGUAAACGAACAUUACGAAAAGAUAUUGAUGGACAAUACUUAAUGCAAAUAGAUCAAUUUCACAAGACUUCAUUUUUCUGGAGUUAUCUCCUUGGAUUCAAUCGUAUGUAUAUAAAAUGUAUUAUGUUUUAAAUUAUUAUAUAAUAUAAUGAUACUUUCUCAUAACUCUUAUGAUUUUAAUCAGAUUACCAAGAUUUAACUUAACAUAAUAUGUCUAUGUGGCUUUUAUAUCAACUUUUUAAACAUUUUUGUAAUAUUUUAAAAUGUUACUAAGUUUUGUUCUCUGAUGAAAUUAGCUGACAAAAUAUGUCUAAUAAACAAUCCAAUAUCUAAAAAUCUCAACUCUAAUAGAGUAUUGUAGUAAAUUAUCCAAGUUUUUAUUUUAAUUUGUUAUUGAUGUGAUGUUGAACUUUACAGUCAGUGCCAGAGAUCAGUUGCAAGUUUUUUUUUAUUUACUGCAUAACUUAUUUGAAAAAUAAAUAUACCUUAUCACUAAUUUCAAGGCUAAUUGUUAAUUUUUUAUCAAUCAACAUUGCCAUUCAUCUUGAAUAUCUUUAUUUAUUACUAUUUGAAAUAAUUACUAAAAAAUAAUAACAAUUGUAAUAACAAUUCAUAACAUUUAUUUUAGAAUCUUUACAACAAUGUUGUGAUCUUUCACAACUAUGGUAUCGUGAGUUUUAUUUGGAAAUGACCAUGGCGAGACGUAUUCAAAAAUGUACUGUUAAACAUCAGCAUAAUGAAGAAUGUAGUGACUUAAUUACAAUGGAGAAAAGAAUUCAGUUUCCUAUUGAAAUGUCAAUGCCUUGGAUUUUAACUGAUCAUAUUUUGAAAACAAAAGAACCAUCUAUGAUGGAAUAUGUAUUAUACCCAUUAGAUUUAUAUAAUGAUAGUGCUCAUUAUGCCUUAACUGUUUUCCGCAAACAAUUUCUAUAUGAUGAAGUUGAGGCUGAAGUUAAUCUAUGCUUUGAUCAAUUUGUUUAUAAAUUAAGUGAACAAAUUUUUGCUCAUUAUAAACAAUUAGCAUCAAGUAUAUUAUUAGAUAAACGAUUUCGUGUUGAGUGUGUCGCUAUGGGAACAUAUCUUAUCUUAUAUCCAAGAGCAAAUAGAUAUGAGACUCUGUUAAAACAGCGGCAUGUGCAAUUAUUAGGACGUAGUGUAGAUUUGAAUAAACUUAUCACACAGCGAGUUAAUGCAGAUAUGUUAAAGUCUUUAGAAUUAGCUAUUGCUAAAUUUGAAGGUGGUGAUAUCACUGGUAUUGUGGUAUGUUAUUUUUAAUUUAUACUUAAUAAUAUUUCAGAAUUGAUUAUAUUUUAAUUUAUUUUAUGUAGGAAUUGGAAGGAAUUAUGCAAGUAAACAGAUUAUGCCAUAAAUUAUUAAGCAAACAUUUAGCUUUAGAUGAAUUUGAUGCUAUGUUUCGUGAAGCUAACCAUAAUGUUCUAGCUCCUUAUGGUCGCAUCACUCUGCAUGUAUUUUGGGAAUUGAAUUAUGAUUUUUUACCCAACUAUUGUUAUAAUGCUGCAACCAAUCGUUUUGUUAAAUGUCGGGGGAUUAGCUUUACACAACCUGUACAAAGAGAUAAACCCCCCCAAAUGGGACACCAAUAUUUAUGGGGUAGCAAACAAUUGAAUCUUGCUUAUACUACAAUUUAUGGACAAUACACUGGUAAGAAUUGAAUGUUGCAAUAAUUGUUUAAUAUUAUUUUAAUUUAUUGUUAUUUAGGAUUUGUUGGUGCUCCACACUUUCGUACAAUGUGCAAAAUGUUAGGCUAUCAAGGGAUCGCAGUAGUUAUGGAAGAAUUAUUAAAAAUUGUAAAGUCAUUAAUUCAAGGGAAUCUGUUACAAUUUGCAAAAACUUUAAUGGAAGCCAUGCCUAGACAAUGUAAAUUACCGCGAUAUGAUUAUGGAUCACCAGGUGUUUUAGGAUAUUAUCAUGCCCAACUCAAUGAUAUAGUUCAAUAUCCUGAUGCAAAGACCGAACUAUUCCAUAAUUUCCGUGAAUUAGGAAAUACAAUUUUAUUUUGUUUACUAAUGGAACAAGCGUUAUCUCAAGAAGAAGUUUGCGAUCUACUUCAUGCUGCACCAUUUCAGAACAUAUUACCUAGACCUUUUACUAAGGAAGGUGAAAAGACCGAAAGUAAACAAAAAAGAUUAGAAGCAAAAUAUGCAGCUUUACAAAUUGUUCCUAAUAUUGAACGAUAUGGAACAGCCAAAGUUAGUAUUUAGUUGUAUAACUAAAUUAAAUUAUUAUUUUAUUUCCAUUUUAAUAUAAUUCUAGCAAGUUGUAAUUGCUCGUGAUGGAGACUUAUUAACUCGUGAGCGUUUAUGUUGUGGUUUAUCAAUUUUUGAAGUAGUUCUUUCAAGACUUCGUGGUAUGUUGGAUGAUCCUGUAUGGGUUGGUCCACCACCCCAGAAUGGUGUGAUGAAUAUAGACGAAUGUACAGAAUUCCAUAGACUAUGGUCUGCACUGCAGUUUGUGUAUUGUAUACCAGUCGGUGAAACAGAAUUUACUGUCGAGUGAGUUUAAAUAGGUUUUAAUUUUUAUUGUUUUAUUUCAACAAUAAUAUUCUAGGGAACUAUUUGGAGAAGGUUUGCAUUGGGCGGGUUGUACAAUGAUUGUCCUACUUGGUCAGCAGAGAAGAUUUGAAGCACUUGAUUUUUGUUAUCAUAUACUUAGAGUCCAAAGAGUGGACAGCAAAGAUGAUAAUGUCAAAGGAAUUGUAAGUACAUUAUUGCGCGAACCAAACCAUGUAAACAAUGUUUUUUCUGUUUAUAGCAUUUAAAACGUAUGGUCGAUAGAAUACGUCGUUUUCAAGUUUUGAAUUCACAGAUAUUUGCCACAUUGAAUAAAUAUUUAAAAGCUAAUGACACUGAUGCUAGUGCAGUAGAACACGUAAGAUGCUUUCCACCACCUGUACAUCCAUCUCAUCCUUCAUCUCAUUAUUAUAGACCAGAUCAAACUGGGUCACGGUAGAUUUCUCAAUACAUCUUUAAUCUUUAUAUAUUUUUUCUUUAUAAUAUUUUAAAUGAUAAUCAUCAUGUACCUACUAAUCAUGUUUAUUUUACACUAAUUUUUUAGUUUUAUUAUUAUUGGAUUUAAAUUAAAAAUAUGAUAUUAGAACUAUGUAGAUUCAUAACAUUAAUUUAAGAAUUCCUUUAUUUUAUUUAUAAUUAGUUUGGACAUAUUAUUUAGUAAAAAUUAUAAUAUUGUAUUUUAUACUAUUUUAUUAUCAGUCGGUCAGUCAUAUAUUUACUAAACUAUCAAUAUUAUAACUAAAUACAUAUUUAAAAAAAGUAAAGUUAAAGUUUAUAAAUAAUUGUACUCGAAGAAUAAUAAACAUUCCAAUAUUUUAAAGGGUUAAUUGUUUUUGGUGCAUUAAGGUCAGUUAUUGAUUUUUCU